AUGAGACCAGUCCUUGGGAACACGGCCCUAUGUAAGCUUCACAACUGCACUGGGAGCUACCACUGCACCUCAGCACUCCAACAUAUCAUACCGAUUACACAGAUUUGUGAUGGAACUGACCAUUGUCCUGAAGCAGACGACGAAUCCACAUGUGCCAAAUUGUGCCCGCCAAUUUGCUCGUGUAUUGGUUUAACGAUCAUCCUUAACGAUAUCUCCCUGGCUACUUCAAGUUUUUUCAAUGACAUUUCGAAUGUAUCCUUCGGCGUCAACAGGAGUGAUUUGAAAUCUCCGGGUUUUCUCCUAUCCCAAUACCUUAGUUAUCUAGUCAUAACUAAUUUGAAUGCAUUGUCUGGUGGAUUCCUGAAUGAGCUGUACAAUCUAAAAUCUCUUGAUCUUUCUAACAACAGCAUAUCCUCUCUCUCUGAUGAAGUUUUCAGGGGAUUGUCAAGUCUUGUAUCACUAAACUUAACAUUUAAUAGACUACAAAAUAUAUCCGUUGAUGUGCUUGACGGAUUGACAAAAUUAGAGAAACUCGACCUUUCCAGCAAUCAGUUGACGUUUCUACCAAAGAAGUUGCUCCAAGGAUUGUCUUCACUUACGUUUCUUGAUCUUUCCUUCAACCAGAUAUCCGUUCUACCUGAUCCUAUGUUCCGCGAUUUGUGUCGUGUUGUAUACAUCUCUGUACACUCAAAUCAAAUUGUGAACCUCCCUGGUAAUAUAUUCAAGGGGCUAGCUGAGCUUACUACACUAGUUCUGUCCAAAAACAAACUAAACCGACUCUCCAGAAAAUUAUUUGAUGGAUUAUCUCAACUCAUUGAACUUGAUCUGUCUAAAAAUAAAAUAAAACGUCUACCGGAUGGCGCGUUUAGUGGAAUGGCUGAACUUACAAAAUUGGAUCUGUCUAACAAUAGGAUUAGGCGUCUUCCAAGGGUCGUUUUCAAUGGACUUAAUGAACUUUCUGACCUGGUCCUGGCCAAUAAUCAGUUAAGAAAUGUUCCUGUUGUUGUGUUUAGUGAACUUUCUGUUCUUUCUAAUCUUGAUCUGAGCAGCAACCAAAUUGAAUUCCUUUCCGAAAACGUUUUUGCUGAACUGUCUGAGUUGACCAAACUUGUUCUAUCCAACAACAAAAUCCUAUCUCUUUCUGAUAAUGUGUUCCAUGGACUAUCCAAACUUACAGAACUGGAUUUGUCUCAUAAUAAACUUACUCUUCUCCCAGAGACAAUUUUCCGUGAAUUGCCUGACCUUAAUGAACUAGUUCUUUCGCACAAUAUGAUUGAAAUGUUGCCAACUCAUGUAUUUAGUGGGCUGUCAGUUCUUAAUAACCUUGAUUUAUCUAACAAUAAGAUAGAAGAUCUCAAUGAUGUCGUAUUCAACAGCCUUACUGAACUCACCCAUCUCUUAUUGGCUGACAACUUAGUUCGGAUUCUCUCUGAUAACGUGUUUAGAGGCUUGUUGGGGCUUUCGACACUGGAUUUGUCGCAUAAUUCAAUAAAACAUCUACCCAAUGCUUUGUUUAGUGGAUUGACUAGACUUACUAAAAUAGUACUGUCAAAUAAUCUGAUAAGCUUUCUUCCCGAUUCGUUGUAUGGAUCACGACGUUAUGAGCCAGUUUUACCAAACAAGAAACUACGAUCGCCUUCCGGUGCUGUGUUCCGUGGGAUGCCUGAACUUGCUGAAUUAGACUUGUCUUACAAUAACAUAUCAAUUCUUUUUGACGAUACCUUUAAUGAACUGCCCUUAAUUACAAAACUUGACUUGUCAAACAAUAAAUUAACUGUUCUGCCAGAUACUCUGUUUCAUAACUUAUCUAAACUUACUUAUUUGUACCUACAUGGUAACCGGAUUGAAUUUCUACACCCGUACGUUUUUAAGGGAUCUAAAGUUGAGCUAAAGAUACUGGAUCUGUCUAAUAAUAGUUUAAGGGCUAUCUAUGAUCGAACGUUCUCAGACAUGUCUAAGCUGACCCACCUCUAUCUAUACACCAAUCAGAUCAAAGCUAUCGGUAAGUAUGCGUUCACAGACUUGUCCAACCUCACCGAACUAAGUUUGUCGAAUAAUAGGAUCAGGCGCCUCUACUAUACUUUAUUCGACGGUUUUUCUGAACUUACAAAACUCGAUCUGUCUAACAAUAACAUAAAACUCAGGGCUUAUUACACAUUUAAAGGAAUGCCAAACCUUGCCGAAUUCAAUUUAUCGACUAAUUGGAUAUAUAAAUUCCCUGAUAAUGGAUUUAGUGCGCUGUCAGAGCUCACUAGUUUGGAUCUGUCUUCGAACUACAUUGGGAUUCUCCCCAAAAAUGUUUUCAGAGGACUUUCAAAACUUACCAAGCUGUUUUUGUCACACAAUAAGAUAAGAAUUAAACCAAGUAUUUUGUUUAAUGGAUUACCAAAGCUUACCGAGUUGGAUCUAAGUAGCAACCGUAUAGUACGUUUUCCAGAAACUGUUUCAUACUUCAUGGGACUGCAUGAGCUUUCUCGACUUAUUCUUUCGAAUAAUGGAAUAAAACGUCUUCCGAAUGUUGUCUUCCGUGAACUGUCUAGACUUAACAAAUUGGUUCUCUCAAAUAAUAAAUUAUUCAUCCUUUCAGAUGGUGUUUUUCAUGGACUGGCAGAGCUUGUUAUACUUGAUCUAUCAUACAACAAAAUAACCAUUCUGACGAAUGACGUAUUUCUCGGAUUGUCAAAACUGACCAGUCUUUCCCUGCAAAAUAAUAAGAUUAAGACUCUUCCUGAAAAUUUGUUUCGUGGAUUACCUAACAUCUACCAACUCAAAUUGUCUUAUAAUCGUAUAUCUGCCCUCCCUGUUAGACUCUUCAAAGGCAUGAAUGUUAUUCAUCUCCAUUUAGAAAACAAUUACCUUUCCUUCCUUCCCAAUUUGCCAUCUAACCUAACAUUUCUCGACUUAUCGAACAAUGAUCUUACAAGUUUACCUCCCGGAACAUUUAUCAAUAACAGUGAAUUAAUUCUUCUAAAUAUUCUAGGAAACAAAAUAGAAGUUUCGAAGAAUGUAUUUGAAGGUUUGGUAAAUCUUGACACAUUGUUGACUGAUACGCCGUUCAUGUGUUGUGUUAAACCGAAAUCUGUCGCAACCAAUAAAUGUUUACGGACAUCAGUUAACACCACGGUAUCAAAACGUGACGCUAUAUCAUCAUGUGACGCCUUGAUAAGUUCAAACAUAUUAAGAGCAUUUCUAUGGAUAAUUGGCGUGGCUGCUUUCAUCGGAAACUUGGCCGUCAUACUCUACCGCACGUUCAUUGACAAAGAUAACCUUACAAGAAGUUAUUCCCUUUUUGUUUUGAAUUUGGCUAUUUCGGAUUUUCUGAUGGGAGUAUACUUAUUGAUAAUCGGAAUUGUUGAUGCAUAUUACAAUGAUGUUUACGCUUGGAAUGAAGAGAAAUGGAGAAAAAGUGUCGUGUGUACAACAGCUGGGAUUUUCGCCAGUAUAUCUAGUGAAAUGUCGACGUUCCUUAUCUUAAUGGUAACAAUCGACAGAGUAAUUGUCGUGGUGUUUCCAAUGUCUCGUAUCUCCCGCUGGAACAUCUCAUGGGUACAGGCUACCGUUGUCUCGACUUUCUUAUGGAUCAUUUCUCUUACACUCGCAGUCAUCCCUGUUGUUACUGUACCGUCUUAUUUCAAAGGAAAAUAUUACUCUCAAUCUGGGGUAUGCUUAGCACUUCCACUGCAAAAAGAUGCACAGCCAGGCGCGGGAUAUUCCUUUGCAGUAUUUGUUUGCCUAAACAGUUUGGUGUUUAUUAUCAUAGUCAUAGGUCAGAUUUGUAUUUUAACAAGCAUGAGGAGACAAUGUACCAGCAUAACCUCGCCACAGAUCCGUCAGCGAGAGAUGACUGUAGCAAGAACCCUCUUCCUUGUUGUUCUUACAGACUUCUUUUGCUGGUGUCCAAUUGGCGUCAUGGGUGUUCUGUCAAAAUGUGGAACCCAGAUUGCAGAUCACGCCUACGCGUGGGUAAUGGUGUUUGUGCUGCCAGUCAAUGCUGCUGUCAAUCCGUUCCUGUAUACCAUUGCAGCGAUAUGGCGGAAGAAACAGAGAGAUCUAAAGUCUACAGUCAUGACAUCACCGAAACAUACUUUCCAGCUUCGGUCACCAUCAAAUGACAAACCAGAGACCGCCAUUUGACGAAACUCCGGUGUAAAAUAUAGGAAGAAGACUGUUUUCCCUGGGUUUAGCUUAUUGCGGCCAUAAUGUACCGUACAAGAAAUUAAGAAAAUUCCAUGGUGAUCCGUUACGCGAAAGUUUUGUUAGUGAAAAUUACAACCCGCUGAAUAAUUUCCGUUAAAACUUGAGCCAACAAAAAUACACUUUUUCGGUACUAUACCGAAGAUUAUAUAAUAUUUGUUUUAAAUGUAUUGUUGUUGUUAAAGACAUUGUGUUAUUACUUUGAAAUCUAGUUGUGUUGUAAAGUGGUUAUUUUCUUACUUUGAAAUAUAUAAGUGUUGUUACGAGACUAUUUUCUAACUUUAAGAUAUACCUAUAAAUGUUAUUAAUGAUCAUAUUUUCUAAGUUUGAGAUGAGACAUAUAAGGGUUAUUAAAGAUAUUGUUUUCUAACUUUGAGAUCGAUCAGUGUUGCUUAAGAGAUUAUUUUAAUACACUUUGAAAUUUAUAACUGCUGGGAUUCUUGUCUUACAUUGAUGUAUCUCAGUGUAUUACAUUUAGCCUAUCAGUGGUUUUAAUGAGAACAUAUUAUUAAACUGAUAUCUAUCGAUAUUGUUUAAGAUGUUAUGUUAUUACUUGGAAAUCUAAUAGUGUUGCUAAAGAAACUAUUUGUACACUGAGAUGUAUUAGCGUUGUUUA